AUGGCAAACGAGGAGGAUGAGCAACGUGCGCAAGCGAGCGACAACGACUUAGACAUCGACAAAUCGGACUUGAGUAGCGAAGAUGGAGGUUUUGCUGACGAAGACGAGCCUCCGCAAGUGGAAUGGCUUGCGACGGGCCGAGCGAAACGAUCCACCGCUGGAAACCGCAUGAAAUCCAUGCUCGCCGCUGAAGAACCCGACGACGAUCUCGAACUCCUCUUCGCCGAGGAUGAAGAUGACGCAGGUUUCACCGAUGUCGAAGAUGACGGCUCCGACGUGCAAAUGGACUCUUCGUCCGACGACGAAGAUGCCCAGGAGAACGGCGACGAACUAGAGGGCGAGAAGGAAUUAGAAAAGAAGGCCCGAGAGAGUAGACAAGCAGCACGAAAGCGAAAAGCCCAAGAAGCUAUUCCCAUCAAGUUUCGUAAGAAGGUCAAGAUUGCGCCCACGCCAUCGGGGAGCUCGACAGCCCCAGAACCGAAGCCGAGACCCAAGAAGAAAUCCGAAAGGACGAGCUGGUUACCAUCGCCUGCCGACAUGCCGACGCGAGCCUCCAAGCGGGAGACCACGAUGCUCAGCAAGGAACAGUUACAUCAGCAAAUGAUCGAACGCGAAGUUAAGCGUCUCAAACAAGUCGAAGCUAUGGAGAAGAAAGCCAAAAAGAUGGAAGCUUUGAAGAAGCCGCCCAUGACGCAGGCUCAGAGGCUCGCCGAAGCUGCUAUCGUAGAGAAGAAGAAUUCGAAAACCUUGAAUCGAUGGGAGGAAGCUGAGAAGCAGCGAGAAGAAGAGAGGAGAGCCAAGUUGGCUGCUUUGAAUAACAGGACCCUUGAUGGCCCUGUGGUUACCUUUUGGAGCGGGGUGGGCGAAUGGGUGGAUGGUAAAUUGAAACAUGUCGGCAAGAUUGUUACUAUCGAGGAGAAGCCGGCCAAGAAAAAACGAGCCUCUGCUGCCGGUCACGAAAUACCUACAGAUUCAUCCAACACGCAGAAACCAGAUAAACCCCGAGAGUCUGCACAGACUAGUGCGGACAAGGUGGAAAAUAAAGAGUCGGGCCCAAGGUCAACUGAGGUCACAAAAGCAAAUGAGAAUGCGGCUCAGGAUGGAACUGCGUCAAGUGCCACAGUCUCUAAAGAACCUGCUGCAGAGGGCGAAAAACCUUUACCUACAUCAGACUCUACAACCGCACCGAUUCAGGCGACGCCGGCUCAGGCAACAUUAGUUGAAGCUCCUAGUGUGCCUUUAGUCGCGCCGAACCCAUCUCAAAAAGAUAUAAUACCUCCAUCUCCAGUAGCGGGCUUAAGUGAGCCGCUGUCCAGACCCCAAGAGCCUAAACCUCCGGAAGCUAAAGUCCCAGAGAUGAAAGCACCAGAUAUGCGUCCUCCGGCGACAGGCAUAUAUACUACUAGCGUAUUUGCGCUCCCCCAGCAGCCGUCGCAACUAAUGAAACCACCAGAGCUGAAACCGCCUUCGAACAGUUUCUUAGCUCCGCCAGCGGGAGUAGCUCAGGGUGGUCUUUCUAUGCCAGUGUUGGGUUAUCACUCUUCGCCUAAUACUACCAACCCUUCGGCCGUCCUGGCACCCCCUAAUACAGCCCAAAGACAGUCACCUCUCUCCAUGCCUCAGGCGGGAGUUUGUCCUCCUACCAUAUCAACCCCAUCUCGUUCUCUCCAACCUUUAACACAACCUAUACAGACUCCUGCGCCUGUGCCCACUCCUACACCUCCGACUAUUUCUACCCCUACCUCAACCCUACCUCUUACACAUACGCAUACACCUACACCGAUAUCCACACCGAAACCCGCGACAAAGUCUACUCCAGCGUCUCGACAUACUCCCAAAACUCCUCUUAGCAUCAUCAAGUCUUCCAAGGCGAACGCCCAAAGACAUCAACCCAAAGAAGUCCCUCCUCCGCCGCCACCAUCUCCACCUGCCAAUGGCAAAGCCACGCGAAACUGCAUUAUUCUACAGAACUUCAACGAGAAUGCCGUAAAGGAAAAGUCCGUCCAGAAUCAGAUUUUGUUUGGUAGGGACAUGGCUAAGCUUAGCAAACCAACAUCAGCUCCUCGCUGCGUCAUCACUAACCACCCAGCACGCUACAAGGACCCUAAGACUGGACUGCCAUAUUAUAAUGCCUAUGCAUAUCGGGAGAUCCAGAAGCUCUGGCGCGGCGAGUAUAGAUGGAGCCGCUUAGCAGGAGCGUGGAUGGGCAGCGGAUCUUAUGCGGCGACUGGCGUGCCGGCUCGAUUCUUAGACCCAGAUGCUCCUGGUCCGGAAAAGAAAAAAGAUACCCUCGAGGGUUCUGAAGAAAACGCGCCAGAGCCGAAUAAGAAUAAUGAACCAGCCGUGCCGGCUACACCAACAAUAUCUAAUGAGCCUAAGGAACCUGCUGCAAUCACUAAUACGGCAUCUCCUUUAGUAAAUGCUACACCAAAGACGUCCAUAAUAGAAACUCAAACUUCAGCACCUCCAGCUGUAACACAAGCUGUAGCACCAGCACCAGCUCCAGCUCCAACCACAGCCCAAGCGGGCGCAUUGGCCGCACCGUCGAACUUUACUCCUGCUGUUAUAGCAUCACCGGUGGUUCCAGACGUGGGUACAGGAGCAGUUCCUUUAGCUCCUCCAACUACCCUAGCUCCUCCAACUACCCUAGCUCCUCCAGCUACGAUAUCAGCUGCAAACGCAACGCCGGUGGCAAUAGGGGAUCACGCGAGUAGUGAAUUGUGA